AUGGAUUCAAUGUCAUUAUCGCAAGCCAAGACUAGGCGUAAUACAAUCAAAGCAUCUUUAACGCGUCACAAGAACACGUUAGAAAAUUUUAAUGUUACACAAGGUUCGCGACACGACAUCGAAGAACGUAAGAGACGAUUAACCGAAUUAUGGGAUCAGUUCGAGAUCGUGCAAUCGCGAAUAGAAAUGCUAGAAAAUGAAGAUCCUUUAAAUACAGACAAAAAUUUACUACUCUCCCAACAAGGGCAACAAAGAGCGAAUUUUGAGGUUACAUAUUUCGCGUCAAUUUCGCGAUGUCAAUUUUUUCUUGAACAUUUCGAGCAACAUUAUCCUCGAGCCUCAUCAUCACAUGAAAGUGACGCACGUGCUCCUGCAUCUAGGGAAUCGCGCGUUAAAUUAUCAAAAAUUGAACUUCCUUCAUUUUCAGGCGCUUAUGAUGAUUGGUACUCUUAUCAUGAUACGUUCGAGAAAUUGAUACAUGCCAACAAAAAUUUAACCGAGAUUGAAAAAUUCCACUACUUGCGUUCUUCGCUCAAGGACAAAGCAGCCGAAGUUAUAAAAUCUAUUGAGACUACUACAGACAAUUACAACGAUGCAUGGGCUGCGGUAAAGGAACAAUUCGACAACAAGCGCUGGAUAAUACAAAAACACAUUAGAGCUAUUUUCGACGCUCCUGCGCUAUCGAAAGAAAAUCAUAUUCAGUUACGUGAGUUAUUAGAUACAAUUUUAAAACAUUUACGUGCUCUUAAAGCUAUCAAAAGACCCACCGAUGCGUGGAACGACCUAAUCAUCCAUGUCAUAACCUCAAAACUUGAUCCUGUCACAACCAAGUCUUGGGAAACUAGCAUUCCUGACAAAGAGAUACCAAGUUUAAAAACCUUGACUGAUUUUCUUUCUAAGCGCUGCCAAGCACUUGAAACAAUCUUCAGCAAGCUAUCAAUCCAUCAAUCUGUUAACUCAAAGCCCACUAACAAGUCAAAGGACUCUUCUGUUACUAAUUUGGCCACGUCUGACUUGUCAUGUCCACAAUGCAAGGAAACUCAUCCUUUAUAUUAUUGUGAAGCCUUUCUUAAAUUACCAGUAGAGAAAAGAUUGUCUAUCGUAAAAAGGGCUCAUUUAUGCGUCAAUUGCUUAAGAUCUAAUUCGCAUCAAGCUAAAGAUUGCACUUCAAGUUCUUGUCGCAAAUGCAGCAAAAAACACAAUACUUUGCUGCACUUGUCGAGUUCAACCAGCGAUAAUAAAGCGCCCGUUACAAAUGAAUCCACUCCUGCCGAAAAGGAAAAACCUAUGCAACCAGUUGUUACACAAUGUUUAUCAGCUCAUUAUUCGUUAGGCAUUAUAUUGUCAACAGCUAUUGUACACGCAUUCGAUCACAAAAACGAGAUUAUUCCCUGCCGCGUGUUAUUAGAUAGCGGGUCUCAAAUGAAUUUUGUAACCAAAGAAUUUGCUGAUAAAUUGCAUCUCAAAGAACAAGCGAUAGAUGCUUCCGUUUCCAGUAUAGCUCAAGGAACUAUUCAAGCCAAAAGGAUGAACAAUGUACAUAUCAAAUCGCGCUUUAAUCAAUUUAAUCAUAACCUAGAAUGUAUAAUCUUGCCAAAAAUUAUACAAUCAUUACCUCAAAGAUUUUUUUCCAAACGAGAAUUAACAAUACCGAAUCAUAUUAAAUUAGCUGACCCCAAUUUUAACGUUCCUGCGGAUAUCGACAUGUUGAUAGGUUCAGAGCUAUUUUGGCGGCUAAUGUGUCCAGGUCAAAUUACAACUUCUAGAGAGCAACCCACGCUACAAAAAACCCUUUUGGGAUGGGUCGUAGCUGGACCGUCACCAGACAACGCUGCAAAUUCUACAUCUUUAAUUGUUAGCUGCCUUGCUCUCACGGAGGAUUUAAAUCGCACACUCAGCCGAUUUUGGGAAAUUGAUCAUACGAUAUCUUCUCCUGAAUGUUCCCCAGAACAACGAAUUUGUGAACAGCUUUUUUUGCAUACUGUGAAACGUAAUAACGAUAGGCGUUUCAUAGUCCAAUUACCGGUAAAGAAGGACAAAUUAAUGAAUCUUGGAGAUUCUGAAGAAAUUGCCACACGUCGCUUUAAACAUUUAGAGAAACGCCUUAUAAAAUCGCCCAAAAUGUAUGAAGAAUACAAGCGAUUCAUGGAUGAAUACAUACAACUUGGCCACAUGCGUGAGGUCACUCAAUGUUCACGAUCAAUCGACAAGAUCUAUUAUCUACCGCAUCAUGCAGUGUACAGGAAACAAGCACUACAACCAAGCUGCGGGUAG